UUCGAAACUUCCGCCUGAGGUCGCACUAAUAAAUAUAUAAUAUCUUCAUCUGUUAUGAAAAUGAUAAGUAAUACUGGAAUUUCAGCAUCGCUGAUUAGGAUCGCCCUGUCCAAAGCACCUUUACAUAAUGGCCAAGCGACAGACUUGGGAGCAGAUGCGCCAGAUCUUUGUCCAGGCGGUAAACGCCGUGCAUCCUGAGAAGGUAUUCGCUGACUUCCAAAAGUUCGAUUUGCGGCCUCAAAGCGGCGAGAACCCAGCGGAUAUAUCCAUAAAACUCAAUGGAGAGCGUCAGGACAUCAGCGGGAAGAAGUGCCACAUAGUUGGGUUUGGCAAAGCAGUCCUGGGAAUGGCCAACAAAGUGCAGCAGGAUCUGGGAGCCACCUCGGCCGGCGGAGUCCUCAGUGUUCCGGUAAACACCCUGAUGCAGUUCCAACAACCUGUUGCAUCUGGUUUGGUUGUCCACGAAGGAGCGGCCAACAACCUGCCGGAUGAGAAUGCUCUCAAGGCAGCCCGGGAAAUCAAGCAGCUGGCCGAGAAGAUGACCGCCCAGGACAUCCUCUUCGUCUUCAUCUCGGGAGGUGGGUCUGCCCUUUUGCCGUUGCCCCGGUCACCUCUGACUCUGGAGGACAAGCGAAGCAUUGCGGAUAAACUUAUGAAGCGGGGAGCCAGCAUCCAGGAGAUUAAUACUGUUAGGAUUGCUUGCUCGGACAUCAAGGGCGGUCGCUUGGCCAGGCUUGCCGGCAAGGCGGGCCUCCUGGUGACCUUCGUGCUUAGCGACAUCAUCGGUGAUCCCCUGGAGCUGAUAGCCUGCGGUCCCACCAUACAACCCGAGGCGGGAGCAUCUCCAUCCGACAUCCUCAAAAAGCAUCAUGUGUGGGAGGAGCUGUCCGCCGAGAUACAGCGGGUGUUUGAGCAGCCGGAGGAGCAGAUGCACACAUCGCUGCCCGAGCACAAGGUAUUUGUGGUGGGCAGCAAUCUGAUAGCCACUUCCACAGCGGCCAAGGAGGCCGAAAAUCUGGGUUAUAUUCCCUGCGUGCUCAGUUGUGCUGUGCAAGGAGACGUGGCCCAAGUGGCUGGCGAUUAUCAAAGAUUGCUGCACGGCAUCCAGGAGGCCAAGCAGCAGGGCAUACUGGAUCCCCAGCUCAGGGAGAGGUACGCCUUUGGAGAGAGCAGUUAUCCGGCUUUUCGGAGGGCCCUGGAAGAGCACAUGAACAGCAAGAAACCACUGUUCCUGAUCUGUGGAGGAGAGCCAGUCAUUAAAGUUUCUGGUCAAGGAUUGGGCGGCAGGAGUCAGCACUUAGCCCUGCUGAUGUCGCAAGCUCUGCACCGCGACGAGGCCAUACGGAACUGCACCUUCCUGAGCGCCGGAACUGAUGGCAUCGAUGGACCCACCGAUGCGGCCGGAGCUAUGGGAGACAGCAGCGUGGUGGAAUCCUAUCUGGGUGAUCACACCCUCGAUGAACUGGCCGAAACGCUGCGGAAUUGCGACAGCUACAACUUUUACAAGAAUCUCGCGCAGGGAGAGCACCACGUGCUCACUGGACACACGGGUACCAAUGUGAUGGAUCUGCAUUUCCUGGUCGUGCCGUAGAGUAACGCCCCCGCUCGCCCAUAAAUCCAUUUAGUUGUAUACUUGCAUAUAUAUGUGGGGCAGUUCGUUAAUGGAGCUGCUCUUGAACCGCAGACGGGCAAUAGUCGUUUAAAUUUGUUUUUACGAUUUUCCUCUUUAAUUUUGCUCUAUGAAAUUUUUACGACUUUUUUCAUUAACAUUUUUAAUAUCUAUUCAAAUGAAAAUAAUUUUGUGAUCUUUAUGCUCUGAGACGGUCUUCAGUGACAGCAUAAAACGGCAAUUAGCUUUCGUCUCCGGUUAUGAAAUCAGCCUGGAAUUGUCUUGAUUGUAAUUAUGUGCCAUGCAAUAGGCAAACCGAACGACAGAUGUGAUAAAUCAAUUUGUAUAUGCGAUCACCGCGGAGCAUAAAUAUAUCUGAGUAAUUUCCAUUUCUUUUGUACUGCGUCUCAUAAAAAUGCGCUGCUAAUAAAUCAUCUUAAUUGUUCGUAACGCCAAAGGCAAACAGUAGCCAGCGAGCAACUACAACAAUAGCCAGCGAUAAUUGCAAUUAAAAAUGUAAAUUUAUUUGCUUCGCUUUAUUUUUAGACAUACUGAAAAACUAAAACGCGACGCGCGCCCAGUUGCAAUUUUAGCGAUUUUUACUUGCUAACACUUUGACUGCAUAUUUCUCUAAUUGUGAUUGUUUUGCUCGCUUCUAUCAACGCUUCUUAUUGUUUACUUCGUGUCGAACACCAGCACAUAUAAGUAGUAUAAUUAUUUUGCCGCGCAUAUGCAACAAUUAUUAAAUAAUCACACACUCGCCAGUCACUCUCUUGUGCUAUUUUUGCUCGAUUAGUUUUGUUAUUAACUGCAUUUCGCAGUGCACGCCUUCUGAGAUGACUAAGUUCUGAUUCCUUUGAAAUAUGCUAUGACAAAUCUGAUGUAUCUACUUACUGCGCACAAAAGUCAAUUGUCUCUGUGAAGAAUUUUCCUAAGAUACAACUGAUAUGCUUAGCUGUUUUGCUGGAAAAUAUUUCCAACUUGUAUUUGACAAGUAACUCCUCUAAAAAGUGUGCUAAACUUAAAAUGUUAUUUAAAGGGAAAUUGUAAGGCAUUUCAAAAAGUAAAAGACAUGUAUAUACAUAUGUAUGAGA